UUGUUUAUAGAUCAUCAUUAUGCUAAAAUGUGUUACACUCUUUGUUAGAAAUAUUUAGAUUUAUAUCUGUUAUAUUCUUAUAACCUACAUCUCAAUCCCCCCAGGCGCUCCACCACAUCCACCAGCACCGGGCCGUUCACAGGGACAUCAAGGGCCCGAACAUCAUGCUGACGAAGGAGGGGAAGGUGAAACUGAUCGACUUUGGACUCUGCUGGAACCUGGACCCAAAGACUGGACUGUGCAAGGAUCCUGGAGGGACUGAGCAUUGGAUGGCACCCGAGACCUUUAAGAGGAAUGGCGAGCCCCCGGAGUACAACACCAAAUGUGACAUCUGGUCGCUGGGGAUAACUGCCAUCGAAAUGGCCGAGGGAGAGCCACCAUACUUCCAGCAACGCUCGGUGUAUGACGUAAUACUCAAGAGCCAACCACCGAAGCUUCGGGCAAGGACCUGGUCUCAACAAUUUGAGUCCUUCUUGGAGUCCUGUCUGAUGAAGGAUCCUUCGGAGCGAUGGAGCGCUGAGGAACUCCUGCAGCACCCCUUCAUCGCUGGACUGCCGCCAACGAAGAUCAUCAGGGCCGAGAUUAAGGAACACCUUCAGGGUCAGCAGACGCGGCCGGCCAAGAGAGGAGUGAAGGAAGCAGCUCUCUGGGCCAGAAAACAGCUGCGUCGCACUUGUUACUUCUGCGCACACAAGACCUUGCCAGAAGAAAAAACGGCUCAGCAAAUGGCACUGGAGGGCUUUCCUUGUUGUUGAUCUUGUGGCCAAUAACAUCUAAAGCCCAAGAUGAAUCUCCAGAAUAACAUCCUAGGAGAAACACCCAAAGAGAAAGGUACCGUCUCCAUUAAAUAUCCCUAUACAUUGGGCCUACACAGCCUUAGGCCAACACUUCCUUUGCCAAUGGGCAAAUUCCAAUUUGGGUCCCUACUGCCCAAUGUGUGUGUGCAUUGGCAGGAAUGGACUCUGCCUGUCAGUGUCUAAAAGAGGUGAAUUUUAAGUAAAAAAUGCUCAUGUGUGCAUUUCCUGGCUAAAGUGACAAGCAGAUACACACACCCGGGCAGUAGGGGGCAGCGGGUUCUGUGCGGGCGGGCAUUAGCUUUAUUGUAACAGCUGCAUAAAAACACCCAGGCAGUAUAUCCUAUAUCUUCCUCUGAGGAACUACAGGCACAAUAUCACUGAUGCCAUCAUUUUGUAAGUGUUUUAAAUAAGACUUAGUCAUCACGUAGGUUCAUGGUGUAUUUAUAUGGAUGGGGAUUUAGUUCAAGCAUCGCUACAAAGCUGAUAUCCCAGAUCUGCCACCCCAAGGGGAUUUCUCACAUUUAUUUGGCCUUUAAAGGCUUAGAAAUAAACAUUAUUCUAUACACCCAUUGUACAGUAAACCAGUCCUGUGCAAAGGAGAAUGCAGUGUGAGCAUAAAAUUAUUCUUAAUGCCAUUGCUGUUAAUAAGUAUUAAUAAUAAUGUAUUACUUUUUUAU